GGGGAGCGGGACUCACACAACAGAGGAGCGAGGCGCGGGGAGCGGACAGAGACAGAGCAGCGCCAUGAUGCCGCCGAAACACCCAGCGAAACGACGAAAAACGCCCCAAAAUGCGACACCGGCCACGGCAGACGACGGGGGAUAGACACGGCCUCGACAAUGGGAAUUACCUUCGAUGUUUCGCAAGUUGCUUCAAAGAAGACGGGAGACCAUCUUACCCACGCUAAAUGGGCUGACGUAUAGUCAUCGUGGAGUCGUGAAUUUAAGGAUUCGGGAGAAUCGCACUGCAAUGGCGAUUUUUGGGGCUUGUACCUGUGUAAGGACUCUCCGAUCUUUGGAGAAAAAGAAGACAGCACUACCCCAUUCAACUGGAUUUUGCUCAAGUGGAGACAGCGUUGUUUAACGUGAAGAUGGCAAACGAUUUGGCAGUUAGCCAAAUUGACAAGAUUAAACCAAUUUUUGUCACUGGACUUCGAACUUUGGAUUUUUAUUUUUUACAACAACAUGGACACUGGAACACCGUUGCUGGCCGUUAGUGGACUUGUUGAAAUAUUACACUGUUGUUUUUGGGAAACAAAAAAAACCUUUGUACAUUUGAUAUUCAAAUGUUGUUUUUAAAUAAAGUGUAUAUCCUCAUAUUUUUUCCCCCUGGCUUUGUUUCAUUAGCUAUUUAUCCGGAGAGAGUAUUCUGGAUAAUGUUUGAACGUGUUUUCUUUACUUCGGAAGUUGUUUGUAAUAUUUGACGCAAUUAAUACAACAAAGGUUUAUGACUGUGUCACUAAUCAUCAAUGUUUGCCCGUGUAAUUAGGUGCUAGCAUUAGUGAUUACGCUUUCCAUUGGUUCUGGGAAUGUCCCGAAGUGCUCUUAAUUUGUCUGGAAGUGCUCUAAAAAGGGAAUUAUCACCUCGAUUGUCGAGAUUUUAAGGGAAAUUAGUUUUUGAAAAUGCACCUUUAUGCGUUUUAAUCAGUCCCUAUGGGAAAAUCCUAAUUUAAUCAUUCAAAAUCGGAUGCUGAAUGCACCCACACCCGCGAUAUAUAAAAGCUUUUGGGCUUGACAGAAAUGGUUUCCAAAGGGUUUCUAAAAUGGCUUCUGGUUGUCCUUCUUCCUGUCCAAGCAGGAAGUGAUGCAAUUGCUACACAAAAUAUAGUCCCUUAACUCUCCUGUGUUUUAACACUCUUAUGAAGUAUGGGAAUUAGGCUUUCAGUGUCAGACGUGUGUCCUGGUGCUUUAGUGUGUGUAAGUUUGUAUAAAAUCAUAAUCUAAACUAAUAAAAAAGGGGUGGGACCUAUCAUCACCUGAGUGUAGGGUAAAUGGAAAUAACGUCCAUCAAAGGCGAAGCUUUCAGAGCUGGGAAGGAGCUCUAGAUGGCGGCUGAGCCUCGGGAAGGUUGCUACGAGCUCGCGUCGGAUCGUCUGUCUUGCUUGUUUUUCGGUCGAUCUGCGCUUGAUUUUGACGCUUAGUCGUCGGAUAUAGUCGCUCAGUCGUCGUUUUAUUGUGAUUUUGGAGCGUUUGCUGUGUUUUUUCGGGCUGUUUUGUCGAGGAGAGCGCAGCCGUCUUUGCUGGGCUUGUGCUCGUCGUUGUUUUCCAUACAGGGCACUGGCGGCCAUGGCGCGCCUCCAUUUUUAGUGCUGCUUCGCCUCUGUGCCUCUGACAGCAGAUGCAGACUGUACAGGCCUGGGAGGGUUUUCAAACAAACCACCUUUUUUAUCGUUUAUCCUUAAAGCUGUUAUUGUUAUUUUUCUAAUUUAGUCACUCUCAGCCGAGUUAAUUAUUUAAAACCUUUUGACACUGAAACUAAUGUUUCAUUUAUAGGCUGCCACCUUGCUUCAAUCCGGCUUGUUUACUUUUGUCGUUGAUCAUUUUUGAUCAUUUUCUCAUUUUCAAAUCGCAUUUUUCUUCUCCCUCCGUUCGAUGACGCAGUUAGAAUUAAAUGAUCAAUGGUCUCUCACGAGAGACUAGCCUCGGGUAUUUAACGCCUUAUAACAGCACCUGUCUUUAUUAUUAUUUAUUCUUUUCACUCGAAAUUGGACCUAGCGAUGCUAUUAGCGAUAAUCGGGCAUUUUCAUUUUAAUGCCUUCUUCCUCUCGACUCGUGUCGCACCGCCGGGGUUCUAACAGCCGGCCGAGCACGGUCCUGCCGGAGCUGUGCGGUACACAGCUCAUGCUUCCUGCAACUUUUCCUGACAGUAAAACCCCAGGACUACAGAGAUCACCCCUGCUGUCAGACACUUUCAGGAUAAUACCAUGAUGAAGAAUAAGAGUGAGAAGCACGAGGAUGAAGGAUCCGCUCGGAGCAAUGCGUCAAGCAAUUCAGCUUCAGAGGAGUCCAACCACUCUGCGUCAGAGUCCGGAAGUCGCUCAGAGAGCGAGCACGGCAGUGAGAGGAGGAGAUCCCACCACUCAGAGUCCAACAGCUCCUCGGAGUCCGAGAGUCGCUCGGAGUCAGGGAGCGAAUCAGCUGAGUCCAAAUCCCAGCAAAACACAGAGGAAGUCAAAGACAAGCCAGUCAGGAAGAAGGAGCGUCUGGCUGAUGUGAAGAAGAUGUGGGAGGAACAUCCUGAUGUGUACGGGGUCAGGAGGUCAAACCGCAGUAGACAGGAGCCGGCUCGUUUAAACGUCGGAGCUGGGGGGAGCAGUGACUCUGAAGGCGAGAGUCCCAAGAGAAAGACGUCACGGGCUAAGAAGAAAGAAAAUAUCUGGAAAGAUGAUGACUCAAAUGAUGAAGAGGAGGAGGAGGAGGAGGAGGAGGCUUCCGACAGUACAAACAGUGAGCAGGAAGAGAAAAAAGUUAGAUCCAGACGACUUCCUGCUAGAAGACCUCAGACCAAAUCAUCAUCCGUCAAAAAGCAGAUCUCUCAGAAGGGAAAAAAGUCCAGAAAAGCGGAGUCAUCGGGUGAAGACGAUGACGACGAUGAUGAAGACGACGAUGAUGAGGACGAGGAGGACGACACUCCAAAGAGGCAGACCCGAGGAAGGGGCGCAACGAAAGUCAAAAGUUACAAAGAGGACCAACAUGACAUUGAAACAGACUCUGAUGACCUGAUAGAAAUGACAGGGGAAGCAGGCGAGGAGCUGCAGGACGAUGACAGUGAGACAAUUGAGAAGGUUAUGGACACCAGGAUCAGCAAAAAAGGAGCCUCCGGAGCUUCCACGACCUUGUACGCAGUCACGGAAAACGGGGACCCGAGUCAGGGCUUUGACCCAGAGAAAGAUGAGGGGGAGACUCAGCAUCUGAUCAAGUGGAAGGGCUGGUCCUACAUCCACAACACAUGGGAGAGCAUGGACUCACUGAUCCAGCAAAAAGUCAAGGGACUAAAGAAACUGGACAACUACAUAAAGAAAAGCGAGGAGCUCAAUUCAUGGUUGAGGAGGGCUUCACCCGAGGACGUCGAAUUUCAUAACUGCCAACAGGAGCUCACUUGUGACUUGAAGAAGCAAUUUCAGAUUGUGGAGCGUGUCAUCGCCACGAAAACAGGGAAGACACCUGGAACCAUAGACUUUCCGUCUCAUAGCCACAAGAUGCCAUCCUCCAAUGAGCCGGAGUAUCUCUGCAAGUGGAUGGGGUUACCGUAUUCAGAUUGCAGCUGGGAAGACGGAGCAUUGAUCAGAAGUUUGAAGUUUGGCAACUGCAUAGACAGCUUCAUCAACCGCGAAUCGACCAAAACCGUCCCGUCCAAAGAAUGCAAGGUGUUAAAACAAAGGCCGAGGUUUGCUCCUCUGAAGAAACAACCUUCGUACAUUGGAAGUGAGACCCUGGAGCUGAGAGAUUAUCAGCUGGAUGGCUUGAACUGGCUCGCUCACUCCUGGUGCAGAUGCAACAGUGUUAUCCUUGCCGAUGAGAUGGGACUGGGAAAGACCAUCCAGACCAUCUCCUUCCUGUCCUACCUGUUCCACCACUACCAGCUCUACGGACCCUUCUUACUGGUGGUGCCUCUGUCCACACUCAGCUCCUGGCAGAGGGAGUUUGAGACCUGGGCCCCGGAUAUGAACUUGGUGGUCUACCUCGGGGACGUCAUGAGCAGGAAAACGAUCCGUGACUAUGAGUGGGUGAACCAUCAAACGAAAAGAAUCCGGUUCAAUGCACUAUUAACCACUUAUGAGAUUGUACUUAAAGACAAGGGUGUGCUCGGGAACAUAAACUGGGCUUUCAUGGGUGUGGAUGAGGCUCACAGGCUGAAGAACGACGACUCCCUGCUGUACAAAUCAUUAAUGGAGUUCCGGUCCAACCACAGGCUCCUCAUUACCGGCACUCCGCUGCAGAACUCCCUCAAAGAGCUCUGGUCCCUGCUGCACUUCCUCAUGCCUGACAAGUUCCACUCGUGGGAGAACUUUGAGGACGAACACGGGAAAGGAAGAGACAACGGUUAUCAGAGCCUUCACAAAGUCCUCGAGCCCUUCCUCCUCCGACGCGUCAAGAAAGAUGUGGAGAAAUCUCUGCCUGCCAAGGUGGAGCAGAUCCUUCGUGUCGACAUGUCGGCACAGCAGAAACAAUUUUACAAGUGGAUUUUAACAAGGAAUUACAGAGCUCUUUCCAGAGGCAACCGAGGCAGCUCCUCCGGCUUCCUGAACAUCGUCAUGGAGCUGAAAAAGUGCUGCAACCAUAGUUUCCUCAUCAGACAGCCCGAGGACGCAGACACUGAGACCCAACAGGAACACCUGCAGAGUUUAGUGAAAGGCAGCGGGAAGCUGGUGCUGCUGGACAAGCUCCUGACCAGACUCAGACAACGAGGCAACCGGGUCUUGAUCUUCUCGCAGAUGGUCAGGAUGUUGGACAUUCUGGCUGAAUACCUUGCAAAGAACCGAUACCCAUUCCAGCGACUGGACGGUUCCAUAAAGGGAGAAAUUCGAAAGCAAGCACUUGACCACUUUAAUGCAGAAGGCUCAGAGGACUUCUGCUUCCUGUUGUCCACCAGAGCUGGAGGUUUAGGGAUUAACUUGGCCUCCGCAGACACUGUGGUCAUCUUCGACUCUGACUGGAACCCUCAAAACGACUUGCAGGCACAAGCCCGGGCUCACAGGAUCGGCCAGAAGAAACAAGUGAACAUUUACCGGCUGGUCACCAAAGGAUCCGUGGAGGAGGACAUCAUUGAGAGGGCCAAAAAGAAGAUGGUGUUGGACCAUCUCGUCAUUCAGAGAAUGGACACCACUGGUCGGACUGUACUGGACAGCAACUCAGGAAACACUAAUUCAAACCCAUUCAACAAAGAAGAACUGACGGCUAUUCUCAAGUUUGGUGCAGAGGAACUUUUCAAAGAGGCCGAGGGAGAGGAGUCUGAACCACAGGAGAUGGAUAUCGAAGAGAUCCUGAGGUUGGCUGAAACAAGAGAAAGUGACCAGGGCUCCAGUGCUACAGACGAACUUCUCUCUCAGUUCAAGGUGGCUAAUUUCUCCAGCGUGGAGGAGAGCACUCCCGAGCUUGAUGACAAAACGAUAAGCGAGUGGGACAACAUCAUCCCCGCGGAGCAGCGGCGCAAAAUCGAGGAGGAGGAGAAGCAGCGGGAGAUGGACGACAUCUUCAUGCUGCCCCGAAGCAGGAGCUCGAACAAGAGGGCCCGAGCCAAUGACAGCGACAGUGAUGUGGGCUCCAAGCUGAAGAACCGCUCCUCGGGCUCUGAGAGCGAGACGGACGACAGUGACGAUGACAAGAAGCCAAAGAAGAGAGGAAGACCCCGAGCCCGCAAAAACAACGUGGAGGGUUUUACUGAUGCUGAGAUUCGCAGGUUCAUCAAGGCAUACAAGAAAUUUGGGUCUCCCCUUGAAAGGUUGGAGGCAAUCGCCCGAGACUCUGAGCUGGUGGACAAAUCCAUCGCAGACCUGAAGAGACUCGGUGAACUGAUCCACAGCAGCUGUGUGACUGCAGUGCAGGAGCACGAGGAGCACCUCAAAGAGAACCCCGUUGAAGCCAAAGGUCCUGGGAAACGGCGAGGGAUUAAUAUCAAGAUCUCAGGAGUGCAGGUCAACGCCAAGACCAUCAUCCAGCACGAGGAGGAGUUUGAGCCGCUGCACAAAGUGGUGCCCUCCAACCCUGCAGAGAGAAAUAAGUUCCAGCUGACAUGCCGGGUGAAGGUAGCUCACUUUGAUGUGGAUUGGGAUCUGCAGGACGACACUCAGCUCCUGCUUGGCACCUAUGAGCACGGCUUCGGCAACUGGGAUCUGAUAAAGACAGAUCCCGACCUGAAACUGGCUGAUAAAAUUCUCCCUGACGACCCGAGCAAGAAGCCUCAGGGCAAACAGUUGCAGGCGAGAGCUGAGUAUCUGCUCAAGCUGCUGAAAAAAGAACAAGACAAUGCAGACGUGUCUAAAACAGGGGAGGAGGUCAAAGUGAAGAAGAGGAAGCCCCGGGUGAAAAAGGAGAACAAGAUUCUCAAGGAUGAGCAGGGCAACGACAUCUCCUCCCCCCGCCUGUCUGACAACCCGUCAGAGGAGGGUGAAGUCAAGGAUGAUGGAACGGAGAAGUCCCCGAACAAGAAGAGACAGAAGAAAAAGGAUAACAAAGAGAACAAAGAAAAACAGGGAACUUCUAAGAAGGAGAAGGACGGGGACAAAGAAAAGAAGGGCACCAAGCCCAGGAAAGAAAAGGCUAAAGGAGCCAAAGGGAAGAAGACCCAAGGUCCAGUUCACAUCACAGCUGGUUCUGACCCUGUUCCCAUCGAAGGAAAGGAGGAUGAUGAACUCGACCAGGAAACUUUCAGUAUUUGUAAAGAGCGCAUGAGGCCGGUGAAAAAGGCCCUGAAGCAGCUGGAUAAACCAGACGAGGGUCUCUCUGACCAGGAGCAGCUCCAGCACACACGCACAUGCCUGCUGAAGAUUGGAGACCGCAUCACAGAGUGCCUUAAAGUCUACAACGACCCAGAACAUCUCAAAAUAUGGCGACGAAAUCUCUGGAUCUUUGUGUCUAAGUUUACAGAGUUUGGUGCAAGGAAGCUUCACAAGCUUUACAAAAUGGCCCAGAAGAAGCGAUCACACGAGGAAGAGAAGGAGCAGAAGAAGAAGGACGAUUCUUCAGGGAGGCAGAAGUCGUUCAGACCAGAACCUUCUGGUUCUAGUCGAGAGUCCAUUGGAACCAAAUCUGCAUCUCAGCCGGGUUCCCACGGGCCCCAAAGAGAACCGUACAAUGCAGGAAAUAAGCGGCACUUUGGAAAUGAUGAUCGAGGAGACUGGCAGCGGGACCGGGACCGCAAGUACAAUUACCCCGGUAACAGCAACCAGUCAUGGCAGGGGGAGCGACAUCAUCAGUACGACCAGCACCGCUACAAAGAUCACUACGACGACCGGCGUCCUCAUGGAGACACGUAUCGCAGCUCCGGCGGUUACCGCAGCAACAGCUCUCCUCGAAAACGUCCGUAUGAGCAGUACAGCAACGACCGGGACCACCGGGGUCACAGGCCCUACUACGACAGAAAUCCGGACCCCAAAAGAAGACGCCCUGAAGAAUUCCGUCCCAACUACCACCAGGGACGAGAGGUUCCCCCUCAGGAACUCAGGAGGAUGCCAGAGCACAGGCCAGCAGGUCCGCCGGGGCAGGAUCACUACAGCCGACCCUUCCACCCUGACAAACCUCCUCCGCCCUCGGACCCUCGCUCCCCGCAGGCUCAGAAGUCUCCCCAGGAUUCCCGCUCGCCACUGGAGCGACCUGUGGAGCUGAACGCAGCGGCCGACCCCAACUGGAACAACAGGAACAAAACAUAAGGUCUGCCAGAGCUGGCUGAGAAACUGGUGUGGGUGGUGUUGUUGUCCAGGGUCAAAGACACAAUGCUGCUUCUGAUGGACAAGUCUGAACUCGCCAAUCAUAAGCUCACUGUUGGAAAGGGAAUCAACACGAACCCUCUUUUACCAGCAAAACCAAACUAUUCAGCUCUCCACCUUCACACCUCUCAUGACAGUGGCUGUGAAGGAUUUGUGCCCUGGAAGAAGAAGUUUGUUUCCUCCUGUCGUCUCAACGAUGGGAAAAAACUAACACAAGCAUCUUUAUUUGAACAAAUUGACUCGAUCAGUUAGUCCUGGUCACACCGAGUGGAACACGCAAGGAUGCUUAGUCCCAUGGACUAUUAUCUAAGGAGAAUUUAGGAUAAACAAACUGACUGAUCUUAAUCCUAAAAGUGCCUGAAGGUUUUGGCCUUUUUGAAUGGUUGAUGUAUGGGACUACUCCCAAAAGAACCAUGACGCGGACAUUAUUAUUAUUAUCAUUAUUUUGUGUUUAGCUUUAUGUCUUGCAAAUGAUCUCAUAAGAAGAUUUCUGUACAAAAAAACGAAUGUGUAACAUGUUCAAAUCAUCUGCACCUUUUGAAAUGUUUGUCCCGAACAUGUAGCUGAACCGAAUCAUGGCGUUCUCACCAUGUGGGUUCAAACGUGUGACGCGCCGGGUCGGCCCGAGUUCUUUUUGAAAUAUGAAUGAUCAGUGGAGCCAGUAUGUUUCCUCCAAGCACUCAGCGGGUGGUCUGAAAAAACAACAAGGUUUUAAACUCAUUUCUGUCUUAUGUGUACAAAUGAUCAUUAUUUCUUCAAGUGUGUGCCGAUAUCAAUCACUGCAGUCUCCCUUGCUUCGUUCACUUUAAUGACUUUCCUCUGAUCAAAUGGAAGAUCUGUCGGCAGUAUUUAUUCCAACAGCACGUGGAAAGGUUCAUAACACUAUGAAUCAGGCAGAGUUAAUUGUUCUCUCAGUAUUAUGAUGGUUAAGAAUAGUGUUUCAGCAUAGUUACAUUAUAUCACCAAUCUUUCCACCCGUGUAAGUACUCUAUAGUGUCUGAAAAUGCAACAUGAUGAAAAUGUUUCUUUUCCUGUUCUAAGGUAUAAUAAUAUCUUUGAUGAACAGACAGUUGUAAUGUUGCUGGAAGCUUGUUAAGGGGUUAUCAGGAAGCCGCUGAUGACAUGUCACUUUGUUUUCUUGUGCCAAACCUGCACCUGCUCUGGCCCUCAUAUUGUUUUUGUUGCUUUUCCAUUUGUGCCUUAUUUAUGUGUUUUGGUUCAUGGACGGCACUGGGCUCUAGGACAGGCAGGAUGUAGUAUUACAACACUCUGCUUUUAAUGAUAUUGUUCUAAAAGGUUUAAAUCAGGAUUCACUGGUGAAGGGACCACGUCAUCUGGUCGGUCUGUGAUUUCUUAAAGAAUUGGCAAUAUGAAGGGAAAGUCUAAAAACAUUAAUACAAAUAACCAUGUGUUUCAUCUUGGGGCCCUCAGCCGACCUGUUACGGUGAUCAGCCAGCACAUCUUCUCUUCAUGUUAAAGUAAGCUACGGUUCCUGUAUCAUAUGUUCUUUGAGAAAGUCUAAAUAAUUUAUAUUUGUGACAAAAACCACUCUUCAUGAGAAAUGUUCUGAGGCAUAUGUUUGGACAUAUGUAAUAAACCUUCUUACACAA